AAAUCAUGUGACACGACAAGAAACUCCCUACUCGACGACUGGCGCUGCCUUGACAGUUUUGUGUGUGGUCGAGGGCACCGUGGAGGUACCAAUGUCUGGGUCGGUGUACCGGCACUUGUGGCUCUUGGCGGCCAUGUGCACGACGAUGUGGUGUUCGCCGCGGACCAAGCAGCCUGUUGAUUACGGGAAGGUGAAGCGAGCCUGGCCGGUUCCGUACAGGCGUUUUGACCACCGGCCCAAAGCAGAUUCCUUUUGCCAAGCCCUGUACCCUUUUUGCCCCACGGGAUCCCCAGAUGGAAGUAUUCCUCUGAUGAAGGACAGCGACAGGGUUCAGGUGUUUCGUCUGCAAACACCCGUGUGGGAAUUCAAGUAUGGAGACCUUCUUGGACAUUUUCACAUCAUGCACGAUGCCAUUGGCUUCAGGAGCUCUCUGACUGGGAGAAACUACACAAUGGAGUGGUAUGAGCUCUUCCAGCUGGGUAACUGCACUUUCCCUCACCUAAGGCCAGAGCUGGAAGCCCCCUUCUGGUGUAAUCAAGGGGCGGCAUGCUUCUAUGAAGGAAUCGAUGACCUUCACUGGAUGCAGAAUGGGACCUUGGAACAGGUUGCUGAAAUGACAGGGUCACAGUUCAAUGAAAUGGCCAGAUGGGUUCGUGAGGACAACGAGACGGGAAUAUACUAUGAAACGUGGACAGUUCAGGCCGAGCCCAGCCCUAAUACAACAGUGUGGUUUGAAUCUUAUGACUGUUCUCAGUUUGUGCACCGGACAUACAGGAAAUUAGCAGAUCUGGGCGUCACGUUUAACAGUAAGCAGCAGACUAACUAUACCAAGAUAUUCCUGUUCAGCGCAGAACCAGUCUUUCUGGGGAAUGACUCCUCCAUCUUUGGACAAGCAGGAAAGCAGGAAUUGGCUGCAGAUAUUCGAAAAUUCUACCACCCAUUUAGACCUCAUCAGUCGGUUAAAGAGUUCCUGAUCAGUCUGCUAGAAAUCUUAGACAAAGUUAUCCUGGAACGGAGCUUCUACCUGUAUUACAAUUAUGAAUACUGGCACCUACCAAUGAAGCCACCUUACAUGAAGAUUACAUAUGAAGAAAUUCCUUUACCUCAUACAGAUAAAGCAAUAAUUGAGUAAUAAUCAUAACAAACUCCUUACACCUUCUUGAAAGUGCCUUGUCAUUUUUGACCUUCUUCAAAGGUCUAUGCAGUUGUGUUCAAGCCGGCCACACUAAUUAUUAAUCAUGUCAAUGCCAGAAAAACCAACGAGUGCACAUCGUGGUGAAGUGAACUCACCACACACCAGCUGGAGCGAGUGUCGGUGUAUUCAAGAAGCGCUGGGUGAAAGCAGCACACAACCCUGGACAGGCGCCUCGUCCAUCGCAGAGCAAAGAUACACAAACACAACCACAGUAGGCUUCCAGAUUGAAUCAUCUGAACUUUUACAUUCUCACAAGAGGGGUGGACAUUUCUGGCUGACAUUUUACAACUGGAACUCGGCACAUUUCCACCACCUUCUGAAACACUGGUGCAAAGACCUUUUUGUAACCUUAAAUUCACUCCCGAAUCAUGAUGCACUUGCAUCUCAAUCUGAACAGAUCUGUAGAGAGCAGAAAAAUUAAUGUGCGAGUAAAAUUACUGGAAAAUUAAUUCAAACGUCCGUGUCACUCAGAUUUCUUUAGGGCAGAGCCCAAUGAAGCCAUGUGGGGUGCUCAGUCCUGUCCUUGGGGUCUGCAGUUUCUGCUGGACUCCAUUUUAGGGGGUUCCUGCAUUUAACUGAUGUUCUGGUUUAGUUAAACAUGCCGUUCUUUAACUGUUCACAGGGUUAUCAUUGUCACAUGUACAAGGUACAGCCAAACUUUCUCUUACAUGUGGUAAAGAAUCAACAUGCAACACGUCUCCACUGUCUAGUGCUGUGAUUAGUGAGUAGAACAAUCUUACCUUGAAGUUUCUGUCUUUAUGUGAAAAAUGUCAUAAACUUUAUUAUGAUUGUAUGAAUAUUUCAGAAUCUGCUCUUAACAGACAGUGGCUCCAAUGGCAGUAGGGAGGGAGGCCAGAGGUAGUGAAGAAGAAGAAGGAGUAGUAGUUUGUUGAAGAAUGUUAACAGGGAUUUGUCACCCUGUACUGCAAGGUGUAUGUUUUGUUAUUUGAUCAUUUUGUGUGUGUCGCAGCCUGGUGGUCUUGUGUGUCUUAUUUGUCUUCCAGGCCAGUUCACAAGUGACCUCUAAUUGAUAAAAACGUACAGAACACCCCCAGAAUAUACCUAUUCUGCCUGGUAAUUGUGCACUUCAACAUAGAGCAGAUUUUUUUUUUUUUUUUAUCAUCAAUUUGCAUUAGCUUUAGCUCCAAAAUACUAUGAUUUUAUAACAUUUAUUUCACAUUGAUGGAAAUUUGCAAGUAGUGGUAUGCAGCUUGGGAAAAUGUCAUUCCUACACCAAAUCUCCUAUUUGUAUAACUGCUGAUUAACAAAUCCUUCUAAUAUUACUUCAAACAUGAGCCAUUUGAGCCUGAGCCCACAUUUGUAUCUGAAUCAUAAUCAGCAUAAGACAAACGACUUGUUUGUGUUUGUGCAAAAAGAGCGCAGAGAAGUCCAAUUAAAACAAGAACUGCCUUGAAGGCCGAUCUGCAGGCACCAUGGGCCUACAAGAGCCAACCUGAGCCCCCCGUCUAGCUAAGAGGGUCUAACGUCUAUCGAGGAAGUACAGGAUAUCAAUUUAGUUUUAUUAAUUUUUUUAUUUAACUUUUUUUUUCUGUCAUUUUUCUAUCCAUAAUCAGAUUCCAUGUACUGUUCAUUGAGCUGUAAUCUUUAUUUGGUAAUAAAAGUUCAAAUUGAGUGUUUAAAAAAAA